AUGAGUCAAAAAAAUCCUGGGCUAAAAUUUGACAAUAAAGUUGCUGUUAUAACAGGUGGAUCAUCAGAACUAAGCAAAAAAUUAGCAAUAGAGCUAGCUAAAAGAGGAGCACAAAUUGUUCUCAAUGAUCAAAAGCAUGCUGGAGAGCUUGAUGACGUAAUCAACCAAAUCAAAAAUGCUGAAGGAGAGGCUGUUUCAAGCUUUAUUCCUCUGGAAAAUUCUGAGGGAAUUAUCAGGCAAGCUUUAGACACAUAUGGAAAAAUUGAUUUACUUAUCAAUAACAUUGAGGAUUGCAGUGAAAACGAAAUCACAGAAACUAGUGACGCAGACUGAGAAAAUUUUAUUAAACUUAAUCUUACAAGCCCUUUUAAACUGAUAAAAUCAGCAUGGAAUCACAUGCGAGCUCAAAAAUUUGGAAGAAUUGUAAAUGUUUCUAGUCAUAUUGGCUUUUUUGGAGAAUAUAAAAAAAUUGGUCUCUCUGCUUCAAAAAUUGGUUUGCAUGGGCUUACACAAGUUGCAGCCCGAGAAGGAGAGAAAUUCAAUAUAAAAUGUAACACAAUUCUCCCUCUGAUAUCCCAAGAAAGUCCCAAGUUGAUACCAGAAAAUGUAAUCCCACUUAUAUUGGUGCUUUUACAUGAUUUAUGCAAAGAAAAUGGUGGAAUCUAUGAAGCUGGAGGGGGAUUUAUAUCAAAACUCCGUAUUGAGAGGGCAAAAGGGGUAUUUUUGAAAAGUAAUAUUUCACCAGAGGCCUUAAAAACAAAAUGAAAAUCUAUCCAAAAUUUUGAAGGGCCUUACGACUAUCCAUCGUCAUUCACCGAUAGCAUAUCUCGCCCAAUGAUUAUUUUAGAUGAGUUGAGAUUAAUCCCUAGACCAAAAAUUUAG